AUGGCACGCAGUAUAGCACAAUCCUAUACGUCAGGUAAUGGUCAAAAUGGAAAAGCAUCAUCAUUAGCAUCUGCUGAAACGAGAAACGGAGACAGUAACAUUGCACGCAGUAUAGCACAAUCCUAUACGUCAGGUAAUGGUCAAAAUGGAAAAGCAUCAUCAUUAGCAUCUGCUGAAACGAGAAACUCUGGAAGUGGAGGUCAGCAGGGUCAACAAGGUGGAACUCAACAAGGAGGAACCCCUGGAAAUGGAAGUCAGCAGGGUAAACAAGGUCAACAAGGUGGAAAUCAACAAGGAGGAAACGGAAACAAUAACAUUGCAAGGAGUAUAGCACAAGCCUAUACGUCAGGUAAUGGUCAAAAUGGAAAAGCAUCAUCAUCAGCUUAUGCUGAAACAAGAACCUCUGGAAAUGGAGGUCAGCAGGGUCAACAAGGUGGAAAUCAACAAGGAGGUAAUACUCCCCUGGAAAAGGAGGUCAGCAAGGUCAACAAAGUCAACAAGACCAACAAGGAGACUCCCCUGGAAAAGGAGGUCAGCAAGGUCAACAAAGUCAACAAGACCAACAAGGAGACUCCCCUGGAAAAGGAGGUCAGCAAGGUCAACAAAGUCAACAAGACCAACAAGGAGGUAAUUAUAGCACAAUCCUAUACGUCAGGUAAUGGUCAAAAUGGAAAAGCAUCAUCAUCAGCUUAUGCUGAAACAAGGCAAACAGGUGACUCAGGUGAUGAUACUGUGGGGUCAAGCAAAAGGAGAUCCAUGCCCUACGAUUCAUCUGGUGAGAAUUUUGCUGCCGCAUAUGCUAAGUCCGAUGUUUCGGGUGAAGGCAACUCAAGAUCGAUAGCCUCCAGUACAGUUGAAAGUCGAAACGGAGACAAUAACAUUGCACGCAGUAUAGCACAAUCCUAUACGUCAGGUAAUGGUCAAAAUGGAAAAGCAUCAUCAUCAGCUUAUGCUGAAACAAGAAAUGGAAAUCAACCGGGGGGCUCAGGUUCUGGUAUUGUUUGCCAUCCUGAUACAAGCAGCCAGCCAGGCUCCGCACAAAAGCAAGCUAGUGCUAUUAAUUUAGUCAUUUACGAAAAACGCAUCUUGAAAUAUUUAGAAAGGUACUUAAAACAAAAGAAAAAGCUACCUGCAUGGAUCGCAUAUUACAGUCCUUUAGCUAGAGGUCACAGAGGCGGUCAUAACAAACAUAAGUCACUCUAUCCUAAGCUCUGUCUUUGCAAAAAUCAAAGUCAAAGGGAUACCGUCAUUUUUCCGAUAUUGUCAAACUAAUGGCGAACUCCCAAGGUCAAGACAGCGAAGAAAAAGUGUAGUUUAUAAAUAGUUUUUUCAUUUUGAGGUGGAGGGUAGUUUUUAGGGAAGCUUUGAUCCAACGAACUUGGCAAUGAAAAUGGACUUCGAGAUUUUUAGAAACUGUUGUAUUUUUCAAUUUUAAAUUGGUGGUGGGAUUAUUCAA